UUUUUUUUUUUUUUGCAUUUAUGGAUGAAUUUUGUAUUGACAUGCAGAAGGGGAGCCUUGAGUAACUGGUAAAGUUGCUGUCAUGUGACCGGGAGGUCACGGGUUAAGCCUUGGAAACAGCCUCUGGCAGAAAUGCAAGGUAAGGCUGUGCAUGAUACACCUAGUGGUGGGGCCUUUCCCGGACACCGUGCAAGCGGUACUUUAGUGCACCGGGCUGUCCUUUAUGGAUUGACAUGCACUGUGUAUGUUACAUUUAUGGACAGUUUUUUGAAUUCUUGAAAUUUGCUUGAAUUUGGUGGAGCUAGGUAGGGCCGAGGGGUUGAUUACGAUGUUUAUAUAUGGUUAAAAGUUAUUAUUUUAUGUGUAUAUAGUAGAUAUUGAACUUAUUCCGAUGACUUAUUUGAAUAUUUGAACGCUCUCAGUAAAAAUCUUGGUUCCGCUACUGUUCUUGUUAGUUACAUGCAUUGGAAAUGACCAAUUUCGAUUAGAUUUGUGUGAUUUAGUAGAUUUCAUUAGUAAAGAACCAGCUGAUUUUUGGUUAAUUGGCACUAGGAAUAUGAUUUGCAACAGUAAUUUUCUGGUUCAUAGUAGUGUAAUGUUGUUAUUGUGCUAACAAUCAACUCUAUAUUCUCAUUUAUGUUGGUCGAACUCUUCAAAAAUGUUUAUGGUGCGUGUUAGGUCCUCCAAAAGUAGUACAUUUUUGUAGGAUUAGACAUGGGCUAUGUUGCUCGAACUCUUCAAAAAUGUCUGCUGGUGCGUGUCGGAUUCUCCAAAAGUAGUACAAGUUUGUAGGACCCGACAUGGGCUUUUUUGCUCGAACUCUUCAAAAAUGUCCACGGGUGCCUGUCGGAUUCUCCAAAAGCAGUGUAUUUUUGGAGAAUCCGACAUGGGCUAUGUUGCUCGAACUCUUCAAAAAUGUCCCCGCGGGUGCGUAUCGGAUUCUCCAAAACCAGUGUAUUUUUGGAGAAUGCGAUACGGAUGCGGCAUCGGAAGUGAAGAAUCCGCACAACUUAGGACAUGGGCAUAACAACAUUUUUGGAGAGUCUGAGCAACGUAGAAUUCUACAACUAAAGAGGCUAUUUUGGUGUGUAGGCUGUAUUGCAUUAGUUUAUUUUUAAUACGAAUUGCAAGCUAAAGCCUUGAACAACAAAUAGUCAUGUAUUCAUAAUUUCCCUUUCCUUUAGGGGGAGGCGUCGGAAUUUCUAGUAUAUUCUUAAUUGGUAGUCACUUCGUGGAAGCAACCUCUUGUAGAAAUGCGGGUAAGGCGGCAUACAAUAGACCUUUUUGUCCGACCCUUUCCCGGACUCUGCGUAUAGCGGGAGCUUAAGUAGGCGUUUGGCCAUGAGAAUUUUUUCACUUUUUUACGAAAAAUUAAUUCACUUUAGUGAAAAUUGUUUUCCACUCCUAUUUCUUUCUCAAAAUUUCAGAAACAACUCCAAUUUAUAUUCAUGACCAAACACAACACUAACUCCAACUCCUACUCCAGACGCGGAUAGAGGGUUAGUGGGUAGGAGUUCAUCUAUAACAGUAGGAAAGAGUGCUUUGUCUGCAUCUGGAGUUUCUUGUCGUGGUGUUUUGGUGAUAUUCAUGAUUUCGAAUAGAUAGCUUAUAGUAUUUAUCUUGUGGUUGUCUGGCUUCCUGUAUUAGCUAGCAGCGUGUUAUCCAUUUUAUUGUGUGCUUUUAUGUUUUGUGUUUGUUCGGGGAUCUAUCGGAAACAACCUAUCUACUUCGUUUGAGGUAGUGGUAUGGUCGGCGUACACAUUAUCCUCCCCAGACUCCACUAUGUGGGAAUAUACUGGGGCUAUGGAACCGAACGGACAUAGAAGGGGUAACAAAAAGAAUAUGGUUACCGUUCAAAAUGGUGAUCUUAGCACAUUGAAUAUUGAUGAUGAGUUGGAUCCAUGGACUGCUUGGGCGAACAAACCUCACACUAUUACGUUGUUACUUAUUGGUGCAUGUUUACUCAUUUGGGCUAGUGGAGCUCUCAAUUCACACAACGUUUCUUCCGGUGAUAUUGUGGCAUCUGUGAAAAGGGGUGUUUGGGCUAUGGUUGCAGUGUAUCUUGCUUACUCUUUGCUGCAAGCUCCCUCGACGGUGCUCAUUAGGCCACAUCCUUCCAUUUGGCGCCUGGUUCAUGGAAUGGCUGUCAUUUACCUUGUUGCUUUGACGUUUUUGCUUUUUCAGAAGCGGGAUGAUGCUCAGCAAUUUAUGAGAUACCUUCAUCCUGAUCUCGGUAUUGAGCUACCUGAAAGAUCCUAUGGUGCCGAUUGCAGAAUCUACGUACCUGAAAAUCCCACAAACAGGUUUAAGAAUCUUUAUGACACACUGUUUGAUGAGUUUGUUUUGGCUCAUAUCAUAGGGUGGUGGGGAAAGGCCAUCAUGAUCCGUAAUCAGCCUCUUUUAUGGGUUUUAUCCAUUGGAUUCGAGUUGAUGGAGCUUACCUUCCGCCACAUGUUGCCAAACUUCAACGAGUGUUGGUGGGACAGCAUUAUUCUUGACAUAUUGAUCUGCAAUUGGUUCGGCAUAUGGGCUGGAAUGCGCACUGUUCGGUAUUUUGACGGGAAAACAUACGAGUGGGUUGGUAUAAGCAGGCAACCAAAUAUCAUGGGCAAGGUCAAGCGAACACUUGGCCAAUUUACGCCAGCACAUUGGGAUAAAGAUGAAUGGCAUCCCCUUCUAGGUCCAUGGCGGUUUAUCCAAGUCCUCAGUCUCUGUGUCGUAUUCUUGACCGUGGAGUUAAAUACAUUCUUCUUGAAGUUCUGUCUGUGGAUUCCUCCGAGAAAUCCUUUGAUAGUGUAUAGGUUGGUUUUCUGGUGGUUAGUGGCAUUACCAACAAUCCGCGAGUAUAACUCGUACCUACAGGACAGAAAGCCAGCGAAAAAGGUAGGAGCAUUUUGCUGGCUUUCACUGGCCAUCUGCAUUGUCGAGCUCCUAAUCUGUAUCAAGUUUGGACAUGGAUCAUUCCCGAACCCAAUGCCCAAAUGGGUGGUCCUUUUAUGGUCAUGUGUCGGUACUGGCCUUGUGAUGUCGUUGGCUGCAUGGUCGUGGCAUUUACAUACAACGAUGAGGAGAAAGCGCGAUUGAGUAUGCGCUUGCAGUUUCCCCGGUCAAUUCUUUAUUCCUUUUGCUUUCUUUUUGGGUAGAUUCAACCAUGUUGUAAAUACCCAUUACAUUGUAAUACGUAUAUGCUUUGAGUUUUUUUAGGUUAAAUAUUACUACUAGUACAUUUUAAGCAUGUAGUGAACCUCAAUUCUUUUUCAAUAGGCUAUAAAGAUAUUCAAAUGCAA